AUGGCAAGCACUACAGAUUCUGCGCAGGCCACUGAAAACAACGAUCAUUUGAUCAAAUCCACCGACAGCAAACACCCCGCCAACCUGAUUCCUGCGCUCUGCAGAAAGUUCUGGGGAUUGGGAUGGGUUUCGGGCACAGGAGGAGGGGCAAGCAUUCGGGAGAAUGAUUUGGUCUACUUAGCACCAUCUGGUGUGUCGAAAGAGCUUAUGGAGCCCGAGAACAUCUACGUCCUAUCCAUGUCGAAGCAAGAAGACCCAAAGAAGCGAGUUUACCUACGCUCUCCACUGAACCUCAAGCCGUCGCAAUGCACGCCUUUGUUCAUGGCAGCUUUCACAAGACGCAAUGCCUCCUGCUGCAUACACACUCACUCGCAAUGGGCCGUCCUCAUUACUCUCCUUCUCGAAAAUCAACCUUCGAGCAACAGGGUCUUUGAAAUCAACAAUAUUGAACAAAUCAAGGGCUUUGGCAAGGGAUUUCAAAAGCAGGGUAAUCUAGGAUAUCACGAUACGCUGCGCAUACCAGUCAUUGAGAAUACACCACAUGAAGAGGAUCUAGCUGAGUAUCUGGAAGAAGCUAUGGACAAAUAUCCAGAUACCUACGCUGUUCUUGUGAGACGGCAUGGCGUCUAUGUCUGGGGUGAUACUGUCGAUAAAGCCAAGGCACAGGCCGAGAGUCUGGAUUACCUCUUUCAAUUAGCUGUCGAGAUGCAUAAAUUGGGUCUGCCAUGGGUGAGUAGCAUUGCUCAAAUUGGGCCUUCUUGA